GUUUGGAGGAGUACUGUGGAUGAGAGAGAAAAGGCAGGAAAAACGCAGUGUAAACUCGGAAAAGUCGUGGAUUGUUCGUGGGGUCCGUGUGGGCGGCCGGAAGCCCAAAUCUGGGUUGAAUUUACUGUUUCUGCCUCUCAAGUCUCAAGGGAAGAGGAAAAUAAACAAAAAAAGGAAAAGUAGUAGUAGUACUACUCCUGUUUGUUUAUUGGAAGAGAGAAGAAAAAGUAAAAAAGAUAGUUGAGUUGCAAAGAGACUUGCUCCCUUUCUUUCUUCACCGCACCAAACAUCCUCUCAGAUCUGGUAUUUUCUCUCUUUUUGUCCAAUUUUCCGGUUGAAAUUUCAUCUGGUUGCAGAUCUCGGCAAGCCCUGAUAUCCAUCCGAUGCAGUAGCUCCUUUUACGGGCCAGAUCAGGACCCAGUAAUCUCACUACACACACCAAACUCUAGAGAGGGGUUUUCUUUGAAUCUUUCCUCUUUUCGAAAGGGUUGAUAUUCUCUUCUUCUGGCUGAAGAACGAGAUUUGAGCUGAGGCGGUUUCUCGUAUAGGCUGUGGAUAAACGUGAUAGUAUAGGGUUGUGGGUUCAAGACUUUAAAAGAGAUGGAAGAGGUGGGUGCGCAAGUAGCUCCUCCAAUUUUUAUGCACCAAACUCUCGGGGGUCGAUUCUGUGAUGGGCAUUCCAUGACAAAGAAGCGUAGUCUACCGUUUCAGCCUCCGAAUUUUCAGCAGCAGCAGCAAUCACGGUUACCCGCUGGGUCUAACUGGAAUCCCAAUGGAUGGGAUUGGGACAGCGUCAGGUUUGUUGCCAAACCCUUGGAAUUGGAUGUUUCGUGUACUGGUGCGGAAAGAUCGAUCCAGUCCAAGCAGCAGAGAACAAGUGAUGGGGAAGGUAGUGGGCUUCCUACAAAUAACAACUCUGUGGAUGGAGACGAUGAAAGCCUACGGUUGAACCUAGGGGGUGGCUUGAAUUCAAUCGAGGAGCCCGUGUCAAAGCCCAAUAAGAGAGUCCGGUCUGGAUCUCCCGGUGGCGGCAGCUAUCCCAUGUGUCAGGUAGAUAACUGCAGGGAAGAUUUGUCAAAUGCUAAAGACUAUCACCGGCGACAUAAAGUGUGUGAGGUUCAUAGUAAGUCAACUCAUGCCUUAGUAGGAAAGCAGAUGCAAAGGUUCUGCCAACAGUGCAGCAGGUUUCAUCCUCUUUCAGAAUUUGACGAGGGAAAGCGAAGUUGUAGGCGUAGACUUGCUGGGCACAACCGCAGAAGGAGGAAAACUCAGACAGAGGAUGUUUCCUCGCGGAUAUCACUCUCUGGAAACAAUGAUAAUAAUGGGAAUGGGGAUUUGGACAUCGUCAAUUUGCUAACAGUUUUAGCUCGUGCACAAGGGAACAAAGACGUCAAAAGCACUAAUUGCUCGUUGCUACCUAACAAAGAUCAUCUCAUUCAUAUUCUCAGUAAGAUAAAUACGUUACCUUCGCCAUUAGAUUUGGAAGCAAAGUUGCCGACAUCAGCAAGUUCAAGUAAAACAGUUCCAGAACAAGCCUCUUUAGAUAACCAGAGCAGAUUGAACCGCACCAUCUCUUCUUCAUCCACAAAAGACUUACUUGCUGUUCUGUCAGCCACUCUGGCUGCCCCUAGUUCUAAGGCCAUUCAGGUUUCAUCUCCAAGCAGCAGCCAAGUUGUUGAUGCAAAUAAAACUAUGGACCAAGCAUUGAGUCUUAGUAUGAAAAAUAGAGCAGCUCUUGAGUUCCCUUCAGUUGGAGGGGAGAGAAGUAGUUCAAGUUACCAGUCCCCCGUUGAAGAUUCAGAUUGCCAAGUUCAAGUAACCGGAGCAACUUUACCUUUGCAGCUCUUCAGUUCCUCACCAGAAGAUGAUGGCCCACCAAAUCUCGCAACUGCCAGAAAAUACUUCUCUUCGGACAGCAGUAAUCCCAUUGAAGAGGCUUCACCGUCAUCAUCUCCAUCUGCUGUGCAGAAACUGUUUCCAAUGCAGACCACGAGAGCAACUGACCCACAAGGGAUCUCAAAAAGCGGAGAAAUUGCAAAUGCUGAAACCAGCAAGGCUCGUGAUUGUGAAACAUCCCUUGAGCUUUUUGGACGAUCAAACAGAAGUCUUGACCACAGUUCAUUCCAAAGCUAUCCAUACCAAGCUGGAUACACAUCCUCUUCUGGGUCUGAUCAUUCGCCUUCAAGUUCCAAUUCUGAUGCUCAGGAUCGCACUGGGAGGAUGAUUUUCAAAUUGUUCGGUAAGAAUCCAAGUCAAUUACCAGAAACGUUGCGAACACAGAUCUAUAAUUGGCUCUCUCACAGUCCGUCAGACAUGGAGAGUUACAUCAGGCCUGGUUGUGUAGUUUUAUCCAUUUACAUUUCAAUGCCAUUGUCUGCUUGGGAGCAACUGGAAUCAAAUCUUCUUCAGCAUGUCAGUUCUUUGGUUUGGGAUUCUGAUAGUGACUUGUGGAGAAAUGGAAGGUUUUUAGUUCAUACAGGCAGGCAGUUAGCUUCUCAUAAAGAUGGAGAGAUUCGUCUAUGCAAAUCUUGGAGAGCACGGCGAUCCCCCAAGCUAGUUUCAGUGUCCCCUUUGGCAGUUGUGGGUGGGGAAGAGACCUCACUUGUUUUGAGAGGGCGGAAUCUGACUUCUCCUGGCACCAAGAUUCACUGUACAUGUAUGGGAGGUUACCUAUCAACGGAAGUUCUUGGAUCAACCAGUCAGGAAACAGCACACAAUGAGAUGAGCUCGAUCAGUUUUAAAAUUCAUGGGGUGGCUUCUGGUGUACUUGGUCGCUGUUUCAUUGAGGUUGAGAAUGGUUUCAAAGGCACCAGUUUUCCUGUGAUAAUAGCUGAUGCUGCCAUCUGCCAAGAACUGAGACUCCUGGAGCCUGAAUUUGGUGAAGGUGCAGAAGUACGUGAUACUAUUUUGGAGGACCAGAUUCAUGACGUUGGGCAGCCCCCAUCAAAGGUAGAAGUGCUGCACUUCUUAAAUGAGCUUGGAUGGCUAUUCCAAAGGAAGAGAAACUCUUUGAUGAUUGAUAAUCCGGAUUAUACACUUGCUCGGUUCCAGUUUUUGUUCAUAUUCUCUGUUGAAAGGGACUGUUGUGCCUUGGUGAAAACCCUCCUGGACAUACUACUAGAAAGGGAUAUGCAUAGAGGUGAGCAACCAAGGGAGUCUUUGGAGAUGCUGUCGGAGAUUCACCUCUUGAACAGGGCAGUGAAAAGGAGGUGUAGGAACAUGGUUGACCUGCUCAUUCAUUAUUAUGUACACAGCAGUAAUGAUACUUCCAAGUACAUUUUCCCACCAAAUCUUCUUGGACCUGGUGGUGUUACACCUCUACAUCUUGCUGCCUGUACAUCUGGCUCGGAUGAUUUGAUUGAUGCUUUGACAAGUGACCCACAGGAGAUUGGGUUGAACUGUUGGAACUCCCUCCUGGACUCAAAUGGGCUAUCUCCGUAUGCAUAUGCCUCGAUGAGAAACAACCACUCUUAUAACAGGAUGAUUGCUCGAAAGCUUGCUGACAAGAAAAAUGGUCAAGUCUCUAUAUCUAUCGGAAAUGAGAUACAAUCGCUGGGAGUGAGUCAGGACCAACAUCAUAGGUCCCAAUUCAAGAAAGGGCAAAAAUCUUGUUCCAAGUGUGCAGUAGUGGCUUCAAGAUAUAACAAGAGGAUGCCCGGUUCACAAGGCUUCCUUCACCGCCCGUACAUACAUUCAAUGCUUGCUAUUGCUGCUGUCUGUGUUUGUGUCUGCUUGAUUUUGCGAGGCCACCCGGAAACUCAUUUAUGUGAGCCCUUCAGGUGGGAGAAUUUGAAUUAUGGCACAAGUUAGUUGGAAGGUAAAACAAUAACUAUAUGCCUACUUCUGAGUAAAGAAAAGAGGAACAUAACCCAAUUUAGUUGGAAGGUAAAACAAUAACUCUAUGCCUACUUCGGAGAAAGAGGAAAGGGGGAGUAGAAGAUUAAAUUUGGAUGAGUUCAGUUGCCAGAUGCCUGAGGAGGUAGUGAACUUGGGGUAUUACUAGAGUGGGAUGUACUUCUAAUGGUGGAUCUAGAAAGGGCGCAGUGGUGGAAGACAAGGGCAGCUUGUGAUCCUGUUGCUCUAUACUUGUAUCUUCCCAAACCUGAAAUUGGGGAUCAUUUUGCAUUUGGCCUUUCCUUCAUACACUUACUGUGGACAGGAGAUUGUUUCUCUAGGACAUAGUGAACUCAAUGUUGGGAAAACACUGUUAAUUGUAGCAUACAGGAUGAGAAGAAGUGAUGGAAAUGAAGGCUGAAGAAAGUGAAACAUCGAAGGCCCUGAAUUAGGAGAGCAGCAGAAACGCAGAGAGAGUAAACAAUCCAACUCCUCAAAUGCGACCGUGUCUAAUUUAGUUAGUUUUGGUGGUGGUUAUUUUCCUCCUUGAUUUCGGGGGAUACCAUAGUGUAGAGAAAGAUUCUAUCGGGAUUGAUAUCAUCGGUACUGUAAAGUCAAUCCAAAUAGGAUCGUUGAGUAACUAUGAUAUUUAUUAGGUGGACAGUGAAAAUAGUAGUAACAUACUAACAUAUAUGGAGUCCUUCAUUUUGAGUAACUAGCAUAAAAUGUUGAAAUUACUGAAUUCCUCUCAAA